UGGUUCGUCUGCUAUCAGCUACAGCGGUACGUAUCCGUUUUCACUGACAGUGAUAAAGAAAAAGAACCCGUCAAUGUGAUAUGCAAUGGCGAUCGAUCGUUCGCAAAAGCAUUUCAGUGGGCGGAACCUUAUGAGGCGCUCUUCUUCCCGAUGCACUACCACAGACUUCCGAUAUCUACGUGCUCAGUUAUUCUGCUGUUCACCAGCCUUAUUUUAGCAGCAUUCGAUCUUUUCAUUGAAUUCACUCUCCUGACAUUCGAGAGAAAGCCGAACUGCGCUGCACUUGCCUGUUUUCUCAAACGCAACCACUCGCUGGCAGCAUAUUAUUGGGCAACAAAUAUUUUGGUCAGAAGAGCUCGGUGUUUAAGCGCUGUUCAAGUUCUACGCGAUCUAUCACUUAUUCAGAUAUUUAAUCUUAUAGCUGCUUUCCUAACAGCUUUGUUCAUUGCCAAGCUACGACGUUCUCAGCGACGAAUAUCUCGAAUUCGUGGAGCAUGCCAAAGAGAAUUAAACAAUUUCAGACAGGCUAAUCGUAUAUGUGCUGGGAUUCUACUUACUUCACUCGCCUUCGUUACAUGCCCAUGUGUAACCGUAAAUAUCGUAAACAUUUUUGGCGGUACCAUUUUCACGGAUAUUGGUCCUUUCUUCAUUGCUUUCCUGCUGUGCAAUGGGACUUUCACUAACAUUGUGCACCUUAUGUUGAAUCGAAGCAUGCGAGAACAGGCGAAGACGUUCUUCAAAGGUGGACGCGUUGCUGCGACGGAGUCUGUAGCUCCUAAGGAAUUGAAUACUGUAACGGGAUCAAGAGCUGUAGUGCUUCAUAUUUCAUAG